GUCUGGCAUUCUAUUCCGGCAGCGGUCCGCAGCAGUUGAUCUUCGGCAAUCGAACCGCAAGGAUUGCAGUUCCUGCGAAUGCAUAGUCCGAUAUUCCAGUGAAGUCCCCCGCCAGCCAAUCCAUUCACCAUGGCCCAAGUCGAGGCGCGUACGGUGCUGUGGUACAUGACAUUCAUGGGCUUCAUCGUCAACUACAUGAUCCGCAUCAAUCUGAACAUCACCAUUGUGGACAUGAUUGCCGCCAAGGGUGAGGUUCCCUCGAAUGUAACCCUAAAUGGUACCCUCGCCAACUCUACGGCAUUGGCUGCCCUUCCGCAACUGAAUGAGCGAUUUUCGUUGGAGCGCUGGUUUUUCGACUGGGCGAAUAUUCCUUACGAAAAGAACGGAUUUAACUGGAAUGGGAAGCAACAGGGCAAUCUGUUGGGAUCCUUUUUCUGGGCCCACUGGACUUUGCAGAUUCCUGGAGGAAUCCUGGCCACUAAAUACGGAACCAAACUGGUCUUUGGUUGGUCCAAUGGCAUUGGCGUCUUCUGCUGUUUCCUAAUCCCACUCGUUUCGUAUUGGAGCUACACUGGCCUGAUUAUCCUUCGGGUUUUCCAGGGUUGGGUUACUGGCUUGGCCUGGCCAUCGAUGCACGUGCUCACUGCCAAAUGGAUUCCGCCCAACGAGCGCAGCAAGUUCGUCAGUGCCUACUUGGGCAGCUCGGUGGGCGUGGCCCUGUUCUAUCCGAUCUUCGGCUAUAUCAUCGACUGGACCAGGUGGGAAUGGGUCUACUAUGUCUGCGGUGUCGUGGGUACACUGUGGUUCAUCGCCUGGCAGUUUCUGGUUUUCGACAGUCCGGCCGAGCAUCCUCGCAUCGCUGAUUCGGAGAGGAAGUACAUUGAGAAGUCCCUGGGAGCUUCUAUCCAAGGCACCAAGGGACCCACCCCCUGGAAGGCGAUAGCCACCUCCCGUCCGGUUUGGCUGAAUGUGGUGGCCCAAUGGGGCGGCAUCUGGGGCCUGUUCACUUUGAUGACCCAUGCGCCGACCUACUUCCGCCUGAUCCACCACUGGAACAUCCGAGCAACUGGCUUCCUCUCGGGACUGCCGCAUCUGAUGAGGAUGCUCUUCGCCUACGUAUUCUCCAUGUUUGCCGAUUAUCUCCUGCGAACGGAUCGCCUGAGUCGCACCAAUGUGCGAAAGUUGGCCACGUUCAUUUGCUGUGGCGUCAAGGGCUUCAUAGUUUUGGCUCUGGCUUACUUCGGCUACAAUGCAACGGCGGCCAUUGUAUUGGUUACAUUGGCCACCAUGUUCCAUGGGGCAGUGUCCUCCGGUCCCUUGGCCUCCAUGGUGGAUCUAUCGCCCAACUACGCGGGCAUCGUGCUGGGAGUGAGUGGAAUGAUUGGUGGCAUGCCGGGCUUCAUAUCGCCCUUCAUCGUGGGUCAGUUGACCAACGACAAUCAAACGAUUGAGGCCUGGAAGAAUGUGUUCCUGCUCAGUUCGUUGAUGUUAACGGGCAGUGGCAUUCUGUACGUUCUCUUCUCGGAAUCCUCACUGCAGCCAUGGAACAGUGUCUGUCACCCAUUGCCCGAAACAGGGCUGAAGGAUCUCCAAAACCUGGCAGUCGACAGGGAGGAUGAGGAGGAAAAGAAGCCCCUCAGAGCUGACCAUGAUGAUGACACCCAAAACGUGGCUGAAACGGAGACCAAAACAAAAUCUGUCGGCGAUGAGCAGUGACAUGGGGCUGCGUCACUCUAUUUUAUUGGCAUAAUACCGUGUGGCUUAUGGCACCUAUCCGACCACGUCUGAUACGGCUUAUCGCCUUUCUGUGUAAAUAGUUACCCGUGGAUCCACAGAGUUUAGCAUCUUCAACCUCUAGAUUUAAGCGAGUUGUUUACUAUAACAUAGGAUUAGGUCUCUUUUCUCCCCUGAGAUUCUGUUUGUCCAAUGUGUGCUUUUAGUCAAAUAAUAAAACAAAUUUUAAUGAUUUA